ACCGGGAUGCUGAUGCUGCUGAUGCUGCUGAUGUCGACAGAAGACGAAGCAGACUGGAGGAGGAGGAGGAGGAGGAGGGCGGGGACGCGGACGAGCAUGAUGCUGUGAGUGUGGGACAGCUUCGACAGGAAGAGGGUGCACACGCAUCAUCAUCAUCAUCAUCAUCAUCGCAUCGUCUUCGUAUGGGAGUUUUCUUCCUUUUUUUUUAUAUCAUACCUAGUUUGACCGAGAGUUAUUCUGAGGAGGUGGGCCAGGUCCCGGGAGGCGGGAAUAAGAGGAGGAGGAGGAAGAGGAGGGUGCUCAUCACCACGGUGUCAUUGAUGUGAAGAGACACAUGGACAUCAGCGCUGAUGACUGCACAUUCGGAUGUUUAUCCCUAUGCAGUGGCGUACGCAGCAGCAGCAGCAGCAGCGUGUGCUGGAGACCAGUUGAAGUUGGCUUCCUGCCUGUUGAGAUGUGCUGGGAGGAAACACUGUGAACACGAGUUCAUGCUGAUGAAAUUGAUCUGCUCAGUGAGCUCCAACCAGAGCCAUGGGGAGUACCCGGACUGCAGGAGCGAGAGGGAUUCAGGAGGGGAGGCCUCUCUCCUGGUGUCUCCUCUGGUGGUGGCGGGGAUCGUUAUAGGCCUGGUGCUCUUCCUCUCCUGCGUCACCAUCAUCGUGGGCAGCCUGCGCAAAGACAGUCGACUGAGGAACCCUCACCUACGAGCCAGCUACGGUCCGGAUGGUUACUCCUUUGGAGGUUCUGUAGGAGAACUGAGGUCCAACUGCUUAGAAGACUUUCCUCCUGGUUUGGACUUUGACUCUUUCAGUCUAUCACAAGUCAACCACUUGUACCCAGAUUCUCCUCCACGCUACGAUGAAUGUGUCGGCCCACACUCCACUCAGAUCUACAUACCCACAGACGACCCACCACCAUAUUCAUUAUGGGACCCCUGUCAAAGUCUCACGGAAGGUGAAGGGACACCAAACAACUCCAAUUCCGAUCCCCCGUCACGCAGAGGAGAGAGCUCAGCCAGUUCCGCUUCAUCGCAACACCCGACAGGACUACUGGAGCAUCAACAUGUGGCUUCCAUCUCCUUCCCAAUGGAGGCGGCACCGCCAUACGAGGCCGUGGUGGGAGGCGAGCAGGGGCAGCCCCUCCCGCUCAUGCCGUGUGACCUUUACAAACACCAAUCAGAAGGAGAUGUCAGCGGACAACUGCGGCCUUCGGGCAUCGGUCAGAUCUCGUAGGACCUUUCCACUUUUGGAGCUUUCCACUGCCCCCACUUGAGAUGUGACACCAAACUGUGGAAAUUUCCAGAACGGAAGCCGUCUUCCUGGUGUCUCUUUGGGACCAAAACUCAACUUUGGGAGUUGGUGAACGACACGAGAUCCUCCAUCUUGGUGGAACCACCCAAGACUAUGACACCACAAUGGAAUCAGGACUGACUCAAAAGUUAGAACAGGUCUUUGUUGGGGAAAGAAGCAGGUUGGUUGAAGGUCUACACAAGCACACAACGUCAUUCUAGUCACUUGUCAAAGAAGUCCACCAUUUUGGAGAACUACAUCCUGUGUGGCACGAGCUGCAUCAAAGAUCGACAUUUUAUUUACCUCAACUGCAGAGAGAACGAGGCGUUAAUUGGAGAGAGGCUGUUCUUCUUCAAUAAUGACUUGGAGUGCAUGAGAAAGUGGAAAGAAAAAACAUACAGUAGCUUUCUUUGACGACGUGAUCAUUUGUUCACUAUUAGUAUAUUGCACAACAGCAACACAACCAAUGUUGUAGUAGGACCAAACUGCUCAGCCAUCAUUAAUAGCGCCGCCAUCUUGUGGAUUAAGUUAAAACAUGUAGUGUUGCCUACAGCCACGGUUGUUAGCGCCUUUGCGCAUUCAUUGCCGCAUUUAUGAUGAUUUAACAAUAUGUUUAUUAUUGUGCUUAUAAUAUUUUAACCAGCUUAUGUCAACAAAUAAGACACCAAAAUACUGAAAACAGCUCAUGGCCGUGAUAAACAUCGAGUGUGAUGAUGACCGCCAUUGUCACGCUAUGAAUCAUGUCAAAGUGUCGCUGGCGGUGCAUCACGCAGAUAAUGUCACGAAGGCGAGGGGGCCAUCUGGAGCGUCCCAGUGCAGACUGUACUGUAUGUGCGAGAUGUUCCACAAGUAUUUAUGAACGUUCCGUCCCGUAGACAGUUUCCUAAUUAGUCGGCCGUUCGGUCAGUCAGUGUGUUGCCUUCCCGGCUGCGAAGUCGUGUUUUUUGUCUCACUUCCGGACAGUUUGAACGCAAUAGUCCACUUAGAAUCUGAUCAUGUGAUCCUAAAUCACAUACAGACUGCAUCUUCAAUGUAAGCCAUAAACUUAACACCAAUUUACAUCGACAUAAAACUGCACCAUGGGGGUUUAGAGUUUAUGUCAACAGCUUUAAUGACUAACUUUACUUUACUUUCAUGAUGUGAUAUAUGUGGAGUGGGUCGCUACAGAGAAAUCUUCCAUUUUAGAAGCAAUGUAAACAUUCCUUCAUUCAUUCAUUCAUUUUCUACCGCUUAUCCUCACAUGGUUCCUGGGGGUGCUGGAACCUAUCCCAGCUCAUUUUGGGCAAGAGGCAAAGUACACCCUGGACUGGUCGCCAGCCAA